GCAGCCGCUGGCGGCUGCAGCGCGGGAGGACCCCUCGGCACGCCGCCCCCGCCGACAAGAGGGCGGGAGGCGGGGGGCGGGGGCCCCGGCGCGCGCUCCCGGCCGAUGCCGGAGGAGCCCGACCAGCCUCCGCGGGCCCCGCGCGGCGGCCGAAGAGGCGGAGGAGGGCGGCCGGGCAGAAGCGCGGCGGCCUUGCGCGGGCGGAAGCUGCCGGCCAGGCCCCCGCCGAGGCGGAGGAGGAGGAGGAGAACCCCGGGCUGCUGCUGGCCGACCUGGUGGAGCAGCCAGAGGAGACUGCGCCCAGGCUUAGGCGGGCGGUCGGGGCCAGCCGGCGGCGGCAGAAGCGCCCGCCAAGGCCGGCGGAACCAGUGGAGGACGCCGACCAGGAUUUCGCCAGCGGAGACGAGGGCGACGCGGAGGCCGACGAGGCGGGCAGGCGGCUGAUUGACGCAGUGGGCAAACUCAAGGACUCGGCGGGGCAGCCGCCAGCUGAGUCAGCCGGCCGCGCAUUCGGCGCCGAGGGACAGCCGGAGUCCGAGUUCCACUCCGGGGGCGGCGGCGAGGCGAUCACGGUGGACGACCUGCUGGCCCCCCUCGCCGAGGCCACCGGCUUCGGCAACAUCCGCAAGCAGCUGCAGGGCCUCGCGAAGGCGGAGCCGCUCCCGGAGCCAGCCUCGGAGGUGGCGAGAACACGGGAGGAGAGGCUGGCCCAGUACGAAAGCAGCUGCAAUGUCGCCUCGAGGUGGAUGCCGCAGGUCCAGCAGAUGCGCCGCGCCGACCAGGUGAUUCUUGGCAAGGAUGAGGACCAGGACACCAGACCAGUCAGCACGGCCUCUCUGGUGGACACCUUCAAGGCCACGGACGACUUCGAGAAGGAGCUGGAGGCCGUGACGAUGGCUGCGGGAGCUACGGAGAAGGACAUCAAGGGAGCGGCAGAGCUCCCGGCGAACCCGAAGAUACGGGACGAGAAGGAGCGCCAGGCAGGAGCCAAGCUCAAGUCACUGCUGCUGCGCGAGCAGCAGGCGGCCAAGCGCAUCAAGAAGAUCAAGUCGAAGACUUACCGCCGCAUCCACCGCAAGGCGGAGUCCAGAGAGAAGGAGGUCCUGCUGGAGAGGCUGGAGCGCGAGAACCCAGAGCUCGCGAAGACGUUGAAGCAGGAAUACGAGAAGAAGCACGCGCAGAUGCGCCUCCAGAGGGGGCGCAACGCCAGGAAGAAGUGGGCGAACACCAUGAACCGGUUCGCCAAGGGCGACAGGAACGCGCAGCAGGAGAUGACGAAGCAGGCGCAGAAGGCGCACGACGAGGAGCAGGCCCUGCGACGCGCCAUCCGCGGCCGGGACCCGGACCAGUCGGAGGACUCGGAGGCCGUGGACCUCAGCGAGAGCGACUCCGAGGACGAGGGCGCGAAGCGUCGCGGGGUCGCCAGGCAGACGCUGUCCAAGGCGAAGAAGUUGACGGCCAGGGAGCUCAAGGGCCUAGAGAAGGACGGCGACCUGCCCACCACCGGGCUUCUUGGCAUGAACUUCAUGAGGAACGCGAUCCAGCAGAAGCGGGAGCAGGCCAGGAAGGACGCGCAGGGAGUGCUGGAGGAGCUGGAGGGCCUCGGCCAGAAGCUCGACGCCGCAGAGGACAGCGACGACGAGGGCGGUCGAGGCGGCGACGCUCGUGGCGCGGAGCAAGAGGGCCUAGACGCGGCUGACGCGCCAGGGAAGCAGGCCAGGACUUUCACUGCGGAGGAGCUGGCCGCCGCCAGCGCGGAAGUCGACGCCAUGCUGGAGCAAGACGACGCGGCCGUGGAGUGCAGCGUGUCUGGCCCGCUCACCAUCAGGGGCGUGGCCGCGGCUCCGCCGUCGGGAUUUCCCAGGGGCACCGCAGAGGCCGCGGCCAGCGGCAGCGCCGGGGCGUCCAGGCCCUCUCGCGAGCCGAGGCCCGGCCGCGGUGCCAGCGCGCCGCCGCAGCCGGGGGCGGCAGGCCAGGAGGCCUCGCGCAACCCGUGGCUCAGUGCCGAGGAGACGCCCGAGGCCGACGGAGCAGCGGGCUCGGCCGCGGCUGGCGCCGAGGAGCCCGCAGUGGAGAGCGCGCCCAGCGGCCCUGGAACGAAGGCGGCGAAGGCAAAAAAGCGGAAGAGAAGAGCAGACGCGGACGCAGAGCCCGAGGCGUCCGCGGCCGUGGAGGACUUGCUGUCGGUGCUGAACGCCGACACCGAGGCGGCCAGAGAGCAGCGCGAUCUGGUCAGAACGGCCUUCGUGGAGGGCACGCAGGCGGAGGACUUCGACGCAGAGCAGGACGAGCUCGCACGCAAGAAGGACGAGGAGAGGGAUAACGCCUCGCAGGCGCUUGCCGGCUGGGGCUCCUGGACCGGAGCAGGCAUAGCUCCGAGGAGGCCGAGGAAGGGCCAGGAGAAGCCGGCGCCCGAGGGCCCAGCAGAGGGCCAGAGGCCCAGGGGCCCCCGGGUGCAGUUCCACGAGGGCGGCGGCGCGGAGCCCUCGAAGUAUUUCGUGGACCAGAUGCCGUACCCGUUCCAGAAUCCCGACCAGUACGAGGCGCUCAUGAGGCAGCCCCUCGGGAGGGAGUGGAACGCGCUGCCCUCGCACCUGCAGAAGAUUAAGCCCAAGUUCUUCUCCAAGGUGGGGGCCAUCGUGCCUCCGCUGCAGUACGUCCGGCACCUGCCGUCCGAGCAGCGCGACAGCGCCCUUAAGACUUGGGCGGCAACGAAGCAGCCGAAGAGGCUGAAGGCCAAGAUCUAGGCGCACCGUGAGGUGCACGAGCCGGACGGCGUCAGAAAAGAGGGGGGAUCGCAGCACACGACAGGAAGGCGGGGGAUCGAGCAGCA